AUUGUGAUUUUGAUGAUGACUUUUGUAACUGGCUGCAAUAUGAUGGAGAUGACUUCAACUGGGAUAGGAUGAAAGGAAAAACCAAAAGCCACAGUACAGGACCUUCUGUUGACCACACAUCUGGACAUGGUUACUAUACCUACAUUAAAACUAGCAACAGAAAAGGACAUGCUAAAGCAAUUCUAUUAAGUCCCACCCUGAACGCUGGUAAAUAUUGCCUCUCAUUCUGGUACUACAUGUAUGGAUCAGGUAUUGACAGACUUCGCUUACAGCUGUGGCAAAGAAAUGGUACUAAGGAAACAAUUAGCACAGUCAAGUCAGAACAGGGUCAACAAUGGUUUCAUAAUUGGAUAGCUUUCGAAGGAAGAGUAAAAAAUGACUGGAGCUAUAUAAGAAGCCAAGGUGACAUUGCAAUUGAUGACGUAACAUUGUUUUCUUGCAAUGAUUGCAAUGACCCAAGACCAAGCCAUUCUGUUGCUAAUUCCACUAAUUAUAAGUAUGGUUCUGUGAUGAAAAUACAAUGUAAAAAUGGGUACAGUAUACAAGGAGAAUCAGUUAUCGUUUGCGAGGCAAUGGGACUUUGGAGUGGAAGUGCAACUUGUAUACCCCAUGAUUGCGGAAACAUUUCACUUCCGAACGGGAAUUUCAUAACUCCACAUGGAACAAUGUUCGGACAAGUUGGCAGAAAAGAAUGUAACACUGGGUUUAUUUUAAAUGGGGAACCAAAUGUAAGAUGUACUGCCAAUGGAUGGUCAAACACAACUUCACAUUGCAUACUUGUUGAUGUUGAGACAAACAGCAGUCCUCUGAUCGUCGUGUAUAUUUUGGUUCCUGCCGUUUUCCUCAUGAUUGCAGCUAUUUGUACUGUCUUGUACAUGAGGAAAAGAAAUCUGAGUUGCAUGAAAGUAUUGAAAACGUUCAAAAGAGCUCGAGAAGUACCGUCUAGAGAUUCUUUGCAAGAAAAGAGUCAUUCAAACCAAAUGUAUAGUAACGAAGACCUUCAACUUGAUGACGAAUAUGCAACAAUUUCCGGAGAACAAACUGACGAUAAAAAUUUAAGUACCGGUUAUUACGCAGCCGUUGAUAGAUCCGGAAAAAAGAAAAAGAGUAAUCAAACAAAAUCCACUGAUGGUAAUAAAUCAGCUUGUAGCAUUGAUUUAAAUGAAUGCAAUACAUAUAAUGUACUAAACGCUAAAGCUCUAAAUAACAGUUUAAAAGGUGGUGAAGAGCGUAACUUUGACUACGACAGUGCAUGUACCAGACAAAUGAAGAACGAAGCAUCUAACCGUGAUGACUAUUCGCAUAUUGGUGAUCUUGAAAUGAAAUACCAGCACACUCAACAUUUUCCACCCCAACCGGACAUAGAGAAAAAUACAGAGUACUCGCAUAUUGAUAGAAUCAGCAGUACAAGCACGAAAGUCCCAAAACAUUUGGAAACAGACUACCACGACUAUGAUGAGUACCAAAAUCCAGUCGUGAAAGAAAAGAAGGUACUCGAAAAGCAUGCACCAAAGAUAAAGCAAAUUGAAGAUAAAGCACCAGAUUAUAACAAUGUCGCACAAACCAAAGAAAUGUACGAAAGUAAUGAAUCUGAAAAUCAUGAUUACUUCAUUCUAGAAAAGACAUAGAUG